UCAUCAAAAGUCACGUGAAGAGAAAUUCAGCCCGAUUCAUAUAGCACAUUAAUGAUCUGACUAGCUAAGCUAAGCUAAGCUAAGCAUUUUCACAUUAGCACACUGCAAAGUAUCCACAUUUUUAUUGUUUGUCUAAAACCUCCGACAUGGACGAGGACGGAUUGCCAAUCGUGGGCUCGGGUGUAGAUCUGACAAAAGUCCCAGCCAUUCAGCAAAGAAGAAUUGUUGCUUUCCUCAACCAGUUCCUUGUGCACACAGUUCGGUUUCUCAACCGCUUUUCCACUGUCUGUGAGGAGAAACUUGCAACAAUAUCAUUACGGAUCCAGCAAAUUGAAACGACGCUCAGCAUCUUGGAAGCAAAGCUGUCUUCAAUUCCCGGGCUGGAGGAUGUGACAGUGGAUGGACUGGCUCAGAGGCCUUCUGCAGAGACCAAUGGGCCAGCAGCGGAGCCCGGCAGUGGUCCCUCUCCUCCCGCCGAGGGUGGUCCUAGACAACAGCAGGAGAGCCCUGAAGAGCAAAAGGCAAAGGCAGUGGCUGUGAAUGUGAUGACUAUAGCCAAGGACCCACGAUAUGCCAGAUAUCUAAAAAUGGUUCAAGUGGGUGUUCCAAUCAUGGCAAUAAAAACUAAAAUGAUCCUUGAGGGUUUGGACCCAAGUCUCUUAGAUUCGCCAGAUGCUCCUGUUCCAGAUUUUGGCAAGAAGGCUGUGGCAGAACAAGAUGAUGACAACUCGGGCAGCGAAUCAUCUUUCAGCGACUGAUUGGUCCCGCCUCUGCAGCCAGACAUGAACUUUAUAUUGGACGGCCAAUCUCACAGUUAUGAGACCUGCUCAGCACUAUACAGGGUAAAUGUACUGGCAGUACACACGCCCCUGUUGUGGACUAUUAAUAGCAUAGGAGUGAUUUUAGAUGUGCCUUAGAUGUGGUUGAGGCAGAGCCAUGUGUCUCCUACGCUGUGGGAUAUGUUCAGGCCAAGAGAGUGGGUGAUGAAACAACAUUUUAAUUUCUGAAAGAAGAAAAAUGUGGAACGAAUACCUCUUGGGAUGAGAACAAGACUAAUGGCCUAAAAUGGUUCAGACGCAGACCUUUGUAUAUUCAUUGCAAGGCCUUUUUGUGGAAAUUAAGAAAUGAUAUCUGUUGAUUUUUCAUGAGUGUUGGUACAUAUAUUUACAUAAUUAUAGAUGAUGCGUCAAUGUUA